AUGGAUUUUAAUGCAAGUAACUUUGAUAAAAAUAUUCCUUUUUUUUUAAGUAUUAGUGAUACCCAUGCAAGCACUAUAGAUGUUGAUAGCUUUGAAAAUUUUGAUUUGGGUGCUACUUUAAGCCAGCCGGAGGUGCGUAUAAGCCGUCAAGAAACUUAUUUAAAUGAAAUAAUGCCUUUUGGCAAAUUUCAUAUUUCAAGCUUUAUAGAAAACGAUGGGUAUGAGAAAGAGUAUGAGGAAGGGUAUGAGGAGCAGUAUGAGGAAGAGUAUGAGGAACGGUAUGAGGAAGGGCGUAAGGAACGAUAUGAGAAGCGGUUUGAGGAAGGGUAUGAAGAACAGUAUGAGGAAGGGUAUAAGGAAGGGUAUGAGGAAUGGUAUGAGGAAGGGUAUGAGGAAGGCUAUGGGAUUAAUCAAGGUGUAGAUGAAGAAACUGCAGAGGAUGAAAAAAGCGAUAAGGACAAAAUUACGGAACAAGAAUUGGAAAACAUAGAGCCACUUUAUUCAAUUGCAGUUAAUAUAGUUUUUGCUUGUUGGAAAGAGUUAGAUCAGCUGCUUAAAAACCAUGGGCUAGAAAAUGGCUUCGCAGUUACUAUUACUCAUAGUGACAAUGACAAAGAUGAUAGGUUACCUCGACGCCGAACUUACAAAUGUAUAAAAGGCCGAAAAUACAUAUCAUGUAAAAAAGCACAUGUACUUGAUGAUCGUGAUCGAGGGCACCAUGCAGCUUCUAAAAAAAAACAAGAUAACCCAACAUUCCAUGUAGACGCUCGUUUUGAAGGUAAAGACAAUCAUCUGGUUGGAUUAUGUUGGAUGAAUCCGCAUCAACAGGAAUUCCGUGUUGAACAGAUUUUUAAACAAAACUGGGGCAUAUUAUUACAAGAAUAUAAUGAUGCUGCUGAUUAUUUGCAAUGGCAACUUUAUGAGUGUAGAGAGGUGUGGGCAUUAUGCUUUACACACUGUGCUUUCAAUGCAGAUGUGCAAAGCACACAACGUGUUGAAUCCUACAAUGCUAUAAUCAAAAAUAAGGUUAAUGGAUCAUCAUCUCUUACAGAGCUUGAACACACUAUUGAGAAGUUAUUAAUCAAAGAAAGCUGUUUUAUAAAGUUGAAUGAGGUUAUUAAUCAGCUCCCUGUUAGUCGUGAAGAUAGCUACGCUAAUAGAUAUUUUGAAAAAGUAGUUGAAAUAUGUAGUAAAUUUUUGACACCAGCAAUUCUUAAGCUUCAACGAAGUGAAAUAAAUCGUAAAAGUAUGUAUAAUGCAUAUAUCAUUGAACUUGAACAACUUGUUGACGGUCUGGAACAGGAAAGAAUUCGUGAGGUCUGGCAUGUAUCAUCGGUUGAUAAGAAGGCUAAUCAUUUAGUUGUAUUCGUACCUGUAAUUACAUUAGUUUUAGAUGGAAUAUUUGGUUCAACAGAACUUAAUUUACAGGAUGACUUUUCACAUUUGGAGUAUAUCCAUAGAUGUCAUAUUUUUACAGAUGAAGUGCGUCAUGAGUUAUCACCGGAAGAACUUUAUGAGAUGCAUUUAAAUCUUUCUAAGAAAAUGGAAAUCGAAUUGCAACAAAAAGAAAACCAAGAUAAUGACAAUAUAGAUUUUAAUCGCAUAAUUAGUAACCCAGUUGGUAUUAGGAUGAAGGAUAGUGAUGGUAGUGAGUAUUUGCCUACUACUAGUCUUAAUGAGGUGUUAAAAAUACAUGAAUCAG